AUGACCACAGAUUCGAAUCCGACACCCGAUCCGACAGACAACCCCCUUUCCACGUCCCAGCCUCUCCCGCCCCCGUCCAUGACCAUCCCCCACCCGCCCAAGAAGAAGCGGGUCGACGACCAGGGGCCUCUCGCACCCGACCUCGGCACUAAGCCCAUCCAGCUUCAGCGCAGGCGCGUCUGGCGUGCAUGUGAAUCCUGCAGGUGCGUUCGUGCCCCGUCUUCUACGUUCAUGAUCGUCGCUGCCCCGUCUCGUCCUCCCUUCCUCGCCUUCCGGUCUCUCCCCUCGUCUCCGUUCCGUCCCCCCGUCCGUCCCGCCUAUCAUCGCAUUCUCAGACGCCGAUCCGAUCGUUCACCUCAUGCCUCGUUCCCCUCCUCUAGACGCAAGAAGAUCAAGUGCGACGGCUCGGAGCCCACAUGCUCCCAAUGCGCGAGCUCGAAGAGCCAGUGUACUUGGCUGCAGACCAAGGACAGGGCCGCGCUGAGCAGACACUAUGUCCAGGAGCUCGAAGCUCGCCUCUUGCACAUGGAGGGCAUCUUCCAGCAGAUCUUGCCCAUCCUCGACCAGGUCAGCCAGGCUACCGGGCUCGACCUCACUGCGAUAUCCGCGGCCGUGUCGAGCCAGCAAGGCUCGUCGUCAUCGGCGGCGCAGAGCACGGCGGGAGCUGUGCCCGACGUCAUGCAGUCGUUCCUGCCCCGUAUCCACGAAGGGCAGGCCAUCGGCAACCGAUCCGACAGCCGCAGCACCAGCGGCCACGGUUCGGACGACGACCUUGCCGUGAAGAUCGAGGACGACGUCUCGAAUGCGCUCGGUCAGCUCGCCCUCGACGAGCAUGGGCACCUGCACUGGAUUGGUAACUCGUCCACAAUGUCGCUGAUUCAGCGACUGAAGGAGGCGACGACGUCCCCGCUGCACCGUGUCUCGCCGAUGGAGGAGGAUCCGCUCGCUCCCGGGCCAAGCGUGAACAAGCUAUACUUCCCCGCAAGCGUGUACUUCGGGAAGGUUAGGGCUCUACCGAGGCCGGAGGAAGUCGAGUAUCCCGAGCGGGACCUCGCUGACAAGCUCGUCGAUGCGUACUUCGCACGUUUCCACUUCCUCAUGCCCGUGCUGGAUAAGCCGGAGUUUAUGCGCCGGUAUAGAUUCCUCAUGGAUCACCCAGCCGACACCAAGUUCGUCCGUGAGCAUACACCCUUCGUAGCACUGGUGUGCGCCGUCUUCGCGGUGGCGUCUCGCUUCGUGGACGAUCCCCGGCUGAAGACGUCUGAUAAUCUUGACGAAGCCGGUAUGGGCAUGGUUUACCAUGAACGUGCGCUUAUCUUGCACUACAUCAGUGCAGCCUCGAUGCAGGUCGAGCACGUUCAGUGCUUCUUGCUGAUGUCUUCGUUCCUGUGUUCCGUCAACUGUCUACCGCAAGCGUGGCUUUUGGUCGGCCAAGCCGUCCGCGCAGCACAAGACAUCGGUCUUCACCGUUCGCCGAGACGGCUUCUCAUCUCCCCGAUCGAGAAGGAGACGCGUCGUAAGAUCUGGUGGGGCGUGUACACCCUGGACCGGAUGCUCGCCCUGGCGCUGGGCCGACCCCUGGCCAUCGAAGAUGCCGAUUGCGACGUGGAGAUCCCCGUCGAGCUCGACGAUGAACUACUCCCGCAAUACUUCGCAGGCGCUCUGCUCCCCCAGGGGCAGAUCUCGCUCAUGCGGGGAUUCAUCGAGCUCAUCUCGCUCUACAGGAUCGCUGGACGAGUCCUCCGCGAGGUCUACGCACUCGACAAGUGCAAGGACCACCUCGAGAUGGACAAGCGGGCUGAGCUGCAGCGGUCCGUCGAGACGCUUGACCGACGCCUCACCAAGUGGUGCGAAGACCUCCCCACGGUCUUCAAGUCGAAUCCGUCCACCGAGAAGCAGGUGUCGAUGGCGGCCGUCUUGUGCAGCCACUACUACUCGAUCCUGACCACCCUCCAUCGGAACUUCAUCCCGGUCAAGGGUGAGCAGCCCUUCGCUCCCAGGUCGACGGCCAAGGCGGUCUCGACUGCGCGUGCCUGCGUCCGCCUCGCGCCCUCCAUUAAGAACGUCGUCCCUCCGAGCCAUCACCUCGCAUUCUUUGUCCAGAACCUCUUCAGCUCGGCGGUGAUCAUCCUGCUCUACGCGAUGCACACCACAGAGGCCCAGGCCGCUCAGGCGGCGCUCGAGGAGGCUCGCAGCUGCCUGGCCGUGUUGGAGUCCUGGGAGGGACAAUGGCCCGGGGCCCGAAAGUGCAAGGAACUACUCGAGGAUCUGACGGCGAAAGCCUGCGAGGCGAUCAGGUCCGCGUCAAACGGGCAGCCGCGGGGUUCGACUUCGGAUGCUUCUUCGUUUGCUGCCGCCGGGACAUCGGCUCAUUCUCCGUCGUCUUCGAUGCAUCCUGACGGUCGCUCGCACGUCACCUCUGCGUCAAUCUCCGGCCCUAUACCCGAACGCCUCAUCAGAGGCAAGCCUCGGAGGAACCGGUCACGCGACGUGCCUCUCUCGCCUCGCAACGCGCACGCCCCCUCGCAAUUCCGCCCAGACUGUGAGUGCUUUCCGUCCUCUUCGCUGCGGCUUCGCGUCUUCCUUCGGGUUGAUCAGCCGUUACUGCCUAAUUUGUACCAUGUGAUACUGACGUCCGAUUCGCCCCCCUCCCAUGCUCGCCCCUUGCUUCCCGCGGCUUCCGCAACUUCUUCGCAUGUCCCUACACAAUGGACAGCGCUGCGUGCCCGGUCCACGUCCCGGAAACGACCACAUGACGAGGACCUAUUCCAGGACCAGUACGGAAACAACGCGUUGGGGCUCCCAAGUUCGUACCCCGGGCGCUCCACGCUUGCUGCGAACAUGAGCUCGCACAGCUCGCCUGUGUCCGUCAACAGCCACCCCUCACCCCCGGGCCCAUCGCAGCACGCGAUCGACAAGGAGACGAGCCCGUCCAUGAUGCAUGCGAACGCAUCGUAUGCCACUGGCCCGCUCAGCCUCGCUCAAUCGCCGACGGUGCAGAUCCCGGGCCAGCGCUUCGACUACGACGGCUUCGGAUUGGGCAGCCCUGCUACGGACAAGUGGGCGAGCCCGGUGGUCGACGGGAACGAGCUCAAGUUCUUCCCAUCCGGAUCGGGCUCGCAGCAGAACAACGCGUCUUCCAUGGGUGGUGGAGGUGGUGGGGCGUCCGCGUUUGGGCAUGGGCACUCGCGGGGUUUCUCGGGCCAGCUUCCGGGCCUGGACACGUCGCCGCCAUACCUCGGUGGGUUUGAUGGGAGCGAGUUCAGCGGCGGAGGCGGAAUGGGCGGCUUUGGGGGCUCCAGGCCCCCUGGCGCAGGCGCUGGAUCAACUGGGGCGACGGGGACGACGCCCCCGUCUGCUGGGUUCGUCGCGCCGGGCCUGCCGUUCCACGGACUGGACUUCAUUCGCAACUACGACCCAGCUGGGAACGCUGGCGCUGGCCCGUCGGCGUUCGCGUCCAACGACCACGACUGGAACAAUAACUGGCAGAGCUCGUUCGAUACAUUCGGGGUCGACCCGGAGACCGCGUUCACGCUCGGGGGCGACUUUACGACCGACGGACAGUGGGGAAACGGCGGGCAAUAG